AUGGCAGACGAGGAAAAGCACAAAAUCCUCUCCUCUACAGCUUCUCCUAUUAUCGAAGCAGACAACACCAUUCUUGCUGCAGAAAGCACUCUGCUUGAUCCACAUGGCUUCGAUCUAUUCCCUCAACCAGUACAGGGCGACGCACUCGACCCUCUCAACUGGACAUGGCUUCAGAAGCAUGUGAUACUAAGUAUCGUGAUGGCAUUAUACUUCUUAUUCACGUACAUCACAACGACAACCGUACCCUCCUUCCCUGCGCUGCAGACACAAUACGCCGCAUCCCUUGAACAGAUCAAUUGGACCGUCGCCAUUCCAGCGCUGGGUCUAGCUCUCGGUCCAUUAAUAUGCUCUUCSCCAGCUGAUAUCGUCGGACGGCGUCCAGUCUUUAUUAUGGGUACGGUUGUCGGUCUAGCUGCAACAAUCGGCGCCGCUCUCGCCCCUACAUACUCGGGCUACAUGGCUGCUCGUUUCUUCCAGGGCUUCGGUGUAUCUCCCGCUGCCACGGUCGGACUCGCCAUCAUCAACGAUAUCUUCUUCGAGCAUGAACGGGGUCAAAAGGUCGGACUUUGGGUACUUGCAAUCGAUCUAGGACUCCUCUUCGGCCCUCUCAUAGGAGGUUACGUGGAUCUGGCAGGAACCGCAUGGGUUCAGUGGCUCACGGCAAUCUUACUGGGGUUGGUAUUGAUCGCCGAGAUCUUCUUCCUGCCAGAAACGCUAUAUCCUCGAAAGACCAUGUUGGAGCGAUAUAAAAGAGCUGGGAUCACUUCUGAGAACGAAAAACGUACCCAGCCAUCGCACGGAGUUGAUGAAAUAAAACGUACGAAAAGCUUGGGAUUGGCAAACGUCAAGCCAGUGCCGGGGAUGAAACAUCCCAAGGUUUGGGACACACCAGUACGUUUCGUCAAGGCAUUCAAGUAUGCUGCGGUGCCAAUCGCCAUCUUUACAUACUGCUUUGGUUGGUAUUGGUGGAUUCUGUCGGUGAUCACACUCAUCCCGGUUGCGUACGCGACUUAUACGCCACAGACACAAGGAUUAUUUUCCAUCGGUCUGAUCGUAGGUACUUUGAUCUCCGAAAUCUUCUUCUCCGGCACUUUGAGCGACUGGUUGCUAGUCAAGCUCGCCUCGCGCCCUGGCACGACCAAGAAUGCGGAGAUGCGUAUUUGGCUUGUAUAUCCAGCAGCAAUCCUCACUGGCAUCGGCUUAAUCAUCUGGGGUAUCUCCAUAGAUCGCGACUACCACUGGAUUGUUGGUCAGGUGGCCUUCGCCUUCAUCGGCGCAGGCAUCCAAAUGGGCAACACAUCAGUUUGCGCUUACGUGGUCGAUGCCUACCCAAUGCAAAGUAUGUCGGUUGUGGUAUUCUACGCUGUCAUACUCAAUCUGUCGGCGUUUGUUGACCCGUUCUUCAUCAUUUACUGGCUUGAUGCAGCUGGCUUCACCUGGACAUUUGCGGGUCAUGCGAUCAUCACAGUGUUCUUCUGUAUACCUGUCUUCGCACUACUGCAGAUGUUCGGUGGACGUUUGAGAGCGAGCAGUGGUGAGCCGAGUUGGGUCAACCCGGAGUUCGAUCUAGAGAUAACGGGAGCAGAGCUAGAAACUCCAGAGGGCAGCUAA